ACACACAUCAUCCGUGGUUGUCAACCCCAGUGAAAGAGCAACAUUUGAGGUGACCUACCUGCCUAAUGCCACCAUCAGGUCACAGGCCAGCCUUAAAGUGACAGUGAUUGACAACCAGUAUGAAGAUUACAUCAUACAAAUGGUGGGUGAAGGCUACCAGGAUGACAUAACUCUGGACAACAUUGGCUCAGUCAAUCAGUCCAUCGAGCCAGAGAAAGAACUGGGAUCCAUGGCGGAUGAUGAUAUUGAGGGUGAGCAUUUGGGAAGACUUGUACGUGAAUGUGGUGGGCCGACUAAUCCAAAUGUGUGUUUAUACAUUGCUCUGUAGUUGCAUAUUACCAAUUGUCAAAAUAUCUCAAUCACAGAAGUUUAAAACAUUGCCAUCUACUUGGCAUGAGAUUGAAAAUAUUUUUGCCAUGCAAAUCAAUUAAUCAAUUAAGUUAUAGUUGAUGGAUUAAAUCUGAAACAUAGAAAACAUAAUUUAUAAAUGUUUGGACAUUUAUAUUUAAUAUGUUUUGGUUUUCAUGAAUUUUUUUUAUUAGUGUAUGCAUGCCAGCCUGUAUUGUUUACCUAAAUGAUUUAUGGUUGAAGUGUUUUGAAAGGUGAGUAUGGAUGCACAGGAUUUAGUACCGGUACCGUUUUUCAGGGAUUUAGAAGGGGAAAGAAUUAACUGUUUACUUUUUUUUUUGUGCGCACACACAUAAUAAAUGCAUUGUGGGUCAAAAUGAAUUUUAAAUCCUCGUAGUCUGUUCAAAAUGACCUUUGGCCUAAUGUCUGAUCGGAAGGCCAUCUAUACAUAAAAUCCGAGGUUCCGCUAUUAUCUAUGUAAUAAACCGGUAGCUAUUGCAUGAAUCUAUAUAAUAGUGGUUACCUUGAGUAAUAAACCAUCAUUACAAAUCCGUUUGUGUAAUGACCUUAGCAAAAACUGCAGUUUCAGUAUUAAGUGUUAUUUAAAUUUCUAUUAAAUUACUUAAUAUAUUUAAUACAGCAUUACUAACAAAGAAUAGCUUUAUUAGUUCUUAAGUCAAUUACUAGUAAUACUAGCAGUAUUAUGCCACAGCGUUACUAAAUUUAACUUGCUAGGUCUAACAUUUUAUAAAACUAAAGUGAGUGAAAUUUUAUAUGUUGCAUACCAAGGCCUAUGUUUUAUUUAAGGCCAUCGUCACCAACAAUUGUAUUUUGUUUUCUUUUUUUAUUUUUUAUUUUACUCCAGCUGAAAACUUCCAGUUAAGUGGGUGAAUCUAAUUUUUUAAUAUUUUUUUAAAGAAAGUUGAAAUGAGACAUGCAACAUAUGCUAAGUGAGUGGCUGACCUAAUACCUUGGAAUUAUUUAUGCUUCAUCAAUCGGAUCAUCACAUGGAUUUGGGAAGAAAGUCAUUUAAGUGCUUGUUUCAGGCAUCGAAGAACAUUUUUAAAACAUAGCUGCACAAAUGAAACUUUAAGGAAAUGAGGGGAAAUAAUUAUACCUUUAGCAAAUCCUUUUUUCUCAGCCCCAUCAUGUAGACAAUCUAUCAGAUACAGUUACAAUGACAGAUAACUUAUUUUCAAAUUUCAUUGCAAUCACAUCUAGUUUACAACAAAAUUUAAAAUUACACAUGUUUUUGGGGUUUUCAAACUAAUCCAGAAAACAUGAAGAGGGCAAAGUUUGCAUGUGUUCAAAACAUUGAUCAUUGAAAUGAAAACGUUUAGAGUAUCGAUUAAACUUUUUCAACCUAUCAUUUUUUUCUGUACAGUUUUCUAUCUUUUUUUUUUUUAAAGGCUCAUUACAAUUUUUGAACUUGCAGGUUGGCAUGUAUGUCGGAGGGAUGUCCACUUUUUAAGGGAGAUAUAUAUAAACUCUGGAUUAGAAAAUCGUCUUUUUAAAAUAUUAAACUUAAACACCUCUCUUUCUUAUUAAAGACUUUCUGUUAAAAAAAUAUAUAUAUAUAUAUAUAUAUUUUUUAAUUGGUGGAAAGUGCAUUUUGUUUCUAUUAUUUUUAUCCCAUUACUGGACAAUUAAUGAGAUUUGGUUUUGGUGUUUUCUGCCCUCUGCAACAAACAAUUAAAAUUUCCCUAACAUUGUGUUGCACUCUACAUUUCCACCAUUGUGUUCUUUAAUUAUACUAUCUAAAUUAUAGCAUGUCCAGUACAAAUUGUUUUCUUUUAAAACAUUCUAAAAAUAAUGUCCGUUUUUUUUUAAAAUGUUGAUCACAGAAACAACUCAGAGUUGAUCACCCAAAGUUUCCCCAACACCCUGAGUUCAUUAAUCAGUCAUUUAAAAUCCUUUGUGAUGAGAGAGCUCUUGAAUUUAAGGUCAAAGUUUAUGUGUUUUGGUUGCUUGUUUUCAUAAUUCAGGUCAUGUAAUUGAAGAUGAGGGAGAUAAGCCUUCCUCCUUGGCUCUAUCAGAAGAUGCAUUUCAAACAUUUGCUGACGAAUUGGAACCAACUUACUUUGGUACCUUAUUGCAUUGUUUGAGCUAAUCACAUUUUUUAUUGUCAAAGUUAUUUUUGUAUUGAAAUGUUUGAGCUAUCACAUUUUUUGUUGUCAGAUUUACUUUGGUAUUGAAUUGUUGGAGCUAUCACAUGUUUUGUAAUGGAAACGCACAAAGAACUUCCAAAGUUUUUUUUUUCCUCUUAAUUAAUUUACUGCUUUUUUAGAGUAUAUAGUAAUAGUAAAGUGUAUGAUAAAGUGUAUGGUUAAGUGUAAGGUGGAAUGUAUUGUAAAGUGUGUGGUAGAAAGUGUGGUAGAGUGUAAUAGUGAGCAGGGGAGGAUGAAGGGGGAAACAGGAAUUUCUGUAGUUUCUCGAAGGACUUUGAACACGUGUAUUGGAGCUAGGCUGCUAAUGUUACAAUAAGUUUACUUUUGCAAAGUUUAGUUUAAUAAAUGUCUAUUUAAGCAUGCUUACAUUAUAUUUUACAAUAGCAUUUUAACAAUAUCAUUGUGGCAGAUCCUAUUUAUUUCAAAUGUGAAUAAAUUAAUUAAUUUAUUUAUUACAAAAAAUAUAUUAAGAAACUUGCAUCAUGUAAUACAACAUUCUCUGUUGUUCAUUUGCAAACCUAAUUCAAAAUAGCAAUUACAAAUAAACUUUUACUAACCUCUUUGUCCAUUCAAUGCAUUUGUAAAAAGAAUUAGCUUUUGCCUUUAUUUUUUUGAAAAUAUAAAUUGUUGACUUGCUUGUUUGCUGCACAGCUGCCAAGUGCAAUGUGAUGAACUUUGGUGACUGUUACCCCAACUCAAGUCGCACGCUGUCAUUAACCAUGUCCAACCAUUCCAAAACUGACUGUGUACGUUUCCAGUGGCCAGAUAAUGCUGACUUUACAUUUUCACCUCAGGUAUGCAAUUUUAAAUUGUCCAAGCCCAUCAUCCCCAAACUGUCAAGUUCAUCUAAUCUAAAUACAAUUUAAAGAAAAAGUAGCAAACAUUUUAAAGGGUUGACAAUCCAGGGAUUCAGGGCAGCUUGUAAUUUAGUCAAGUGUUUAUUUUCUCUCUCUCUCUCUCUCUCUGUCCUUUAGGUUGGACAUCUCCACGCAAACUGCACCAAGGACAUUGCUGUUUCCUUUAAUUCAAAGGCUCCUCAGAGCUUCUCACAGGUUCCCAUCCAGUGCAGAAUACUCAAGAUUAGAUUCGAUAAACCAAUAGACUCAGUAAGUCCUUGACAAAUGAGCAAUGACUGCAUUUAAAUAUGGAAAUAUAUAGCCAUUUGUGUUUACAGUAGGUUCCAUUCUAAAUAAGUGUUAAGUUUACAAGUAAGGUUUACAGUUGGUUCCAAUCUAAGUUGGUUCACUGUCAAGUGUUAAGUUUACAAUUUUUAUCAGUAAAGCUGACUUGUAAAUUUACUUUCAGUAAAGUUUAUAAUCUGUUUUUUUCAGAUAUGUGAUUGGGAUGACAAGAUUCAGGUGGUCAAGUGGGUGGACAAUGCCCCGCCAUCAACACAAAAUUCAGCACAACUUGAUAGGUAACUCAACUUCUUGUAAAAUGUUCAAUGCCGCAAAUUCUCAUUUGAACUGAAUAAAAAAAAUGUUCUCCUAUUAAUUUUGGAAAGCAUUUCUUUUGUAUGAUUCUCAGUCUGGAAUUGAGAAAAUUCUUCUUUGUUAUGUAAUUCAAAUUAGACAAAGUUUGAUUACUACACUAUGCAUCAAUAAGAGAGAUAAUUAAAUGAAUUCUUAAUAGCUCUAGAACAACACAAAUUUAGUUAUAAAUAGCUCUGAUUUUUUUAAAUUUUUAAUCAAAUCUGCUAGCACAUUGACAGAUUUUUAAUCAUAAUCAAAACAGAGAGCACAUCAACUGAAUUUAAUUGUAAUCAAAUUGCUAGCACAUCAACUGAUUUUUUUAAUUUAAUCAAACUGCUAGUAGCUCAUCAACUUUUAACAAAACAAUUCUGCAGGUAAGCAUUACUUUUUUUGUAAUGUUCAGACAGGUGAACAAAGAAAAAUCUUCCAAAAAUGUGUAUGCCAUGGAGGAUAUCCUUGAAGUUCUACUUUUGUAUGCUCUAAUUUGAGUUGUUGAUUUGCAUCUUGCUUCACCUGUGUUUUAAGUUUUCCAAAUCUGCUUGAGAAAAAAACUACAAACAGAUUUAAAAUCUGGAUUUUCAAAUAGUGAUUUAUUAAUUUAUAAAGAUAAAUGUAUAUAUGGUUUCAAUUUUGAAGGCUAUUUUUUUUACUUAUCAAUUUUAAUUCUAAACAUUAUGUGUAGUGCCCUAUUCCUUUAUGGAUAAAAUAUAUGCAGUCACUCAUCUGUGUAAAGGGAUAUAAUGAGAUAUUGAUAUUUUUUUAAAGCAAAAUUUAAAUGAUUUCUUUUCUUUUGCAUCACCAGAUUUUGAAAAUGAUUGUUUUUUUAAAUAAAAAUAUCUCUCUGUGAUAUAAAUUUUCUUAUUUAAAUUUAAUUUUUAAUGUUAAAUAGUUGAUUGUACCAUUAUUUAAUCUUUUUAAUUUCUAUAGUAACAACCACUGGACACUGAAAUAUUAUUGUAAACUGUUUGUAUUUUCAUUGGUUUGAUACAAUUCAUCUCACAAAUUUGAUCCCCUUAUAUGCACACAUCCACACGCCAAAUAAGCUAUUAUGUUUUUAUGCUAAAAUAGUGUUGAUAAAAAUUUUAACAAUCCAAUGAAAAUUUGUUUCCCUUUUGAAUAAUAUGUUCACUUCAGAAAUUAUGUUUAAAUCUUAAUUCAGUGAUUAAAUUAUUGAAUUUUUUUUUACAUCAUCUUACCCAAAAUUCACUUCAAUUCUUUUAUUACUGUUAUUCACAUUUUUUUUUACAAAUUUCUUUAAUUUCCUAAACAGCGGUAGCAAAUCUGUCGCAAUAGGUGGCCAGGCUAAACCCACCAAAAAGAAAGUGAUUGAGACAGAACCAGAGCCCCAAUACAUCGAGGUUCCAGAUACGGCGAGAGAUGUGGAACUUCUCAUCUCGGCUGUGUCAGACUAUCCUGCUAUCUCCUGUGAUGCCGAGAGCAUUCACUUUAAGAACACACCCAUGUUUCAAACACGCGUUUACAGGUAAGUUAACUCAAGCAGUUCACUACACUUAUAUCAUAGUUUAAAACAGAUAUAAGUAAGUGCUGGGCCAACAUUUCUGAAAUGGAAAUUGUACAGGGGCACUUCUGUUAGAUUAUCAUUGAAUUCAAUAUUUUACUCAUGGAAAACACAAACUGCCAUAUUAAUCUUUAUUAAAGGACCUCACGUUCUUGCGUGAUCGUAAAAUUUACUUUCUUUUUUUAUAAUAACUAUACAGAAUUAAACUAACUCACUUUUGAGGCAUCAUUAGGAAUACUAAUCUAUUUUAGUACAUUUUGAGUUCUGAAAGAUGUUCCACUUCCUUCCUCUAACAGUGUCACUCUUCAUAAUGAGGGUAAGGUGGCUCUCAGCUACAACUGGCAAGUUAUCCUGGACAGCCUGACACCAACGAUCCGGCGCUCUGUAACAUUUAUGUCCGAUGGGGACCGUCCAGAGUCACGUGUUGAUAUCCUUGAAACCUCAUACACACCUUUCUUUGUUGAGCCAGAGUUUGGCACAAUCCCAGUGGGCAAGAAUGUUUCAUGUAUGGUCAAGUUUGCACCUUUAGAUGCUAAUGACUAUGAAGGAAGACUGAUUUGCAGGUUCAUUUCAGAAGUUUUUUGACUAACAUAUUUGAUAACAUCAGCUUAGUCUAUUGGUUUUUUGCUAGAGUAAAGUCCCUUUAUUGCAGAAUAUUCUUAGAGUAAAUAAACCUGUUGGUGACUCAUUGCUUCGCCCGAGGGGGGUGGGGGGUGUCAAGAAUUUUAACAUUUAAGACUUUGUUGGUUUAAAUAUUUCUAGACUUUCAACAUGGGCUAUUAGUGUGUAAAAGUAUAAAAACCAUGCACUAUAUGUUGUUACUUGUAAGAUUGGUAGAAAUAUUAUAUUUGUAAUAAAACAUAUGACAUAAAAAUGUAGCUUUCUUUUAUUCCUUACAAGAGCUGUGACACUUUUGUUUUUUUACAAAAAUAAAAACAACUCUCAAACAAAAGGAAAUUUUGUUGUUGUCAGAAAGGAAUUCAUAAGCUAUACAUUUAAAAGUCAAUGCCUCAACACAACCACUAAACUAAAAGACCUUUUGAUAAAAUAAUGUCAAACUCACUUUUUUUAAAUCGAUUUAUCAACUGUUUUUGUAUUGUUUGAUUUAUAUUUUUAUGGCCAUCUAUUCCAUAUUUUUAAUUCAUUCAUUUAUUUAUUUUAGUGUUCCUUAUGUGAACAAAGAGUUUCAAAAUCCAGUGAUUGGCCUAAAAGCACGCAGCCUGAUGCCAUACUGUCACUUUGAGUUGGAAGAUUCAGACUAUAAGAGCUGUGGUGUAAGGGACACAACCAACUCUACUCAGCAAGGAUUAUCUCUUGACCCGUCCACCAAGAUUAUAGAGUUCAGUGUCUGCGGUGUUGGGGUCAAGUGCUGCAAGUAAGUUCAUGUCUGUGGGGUUGGCGAUCAAGUGCACAAGUAACUUCGUGUCUAUGGUGUUGGGAUCAAGUGUUGCAAGUCAAUUUUCUAAAAAUGUUUUAGAUUCUUUUAUGUCUAUUAUAAUAUUUAUUUCAUACUCAAAUUUAUUUUCAAAUUUUAAUAUUUAAAAAAAAAUCAGAUGAUACUUGAUGGAAAAGAUUUAUCAAGUAUUGUUUUUUUUAAAUGUAAUACAUUGCAAAUGCUAAAUCUUGCUAUAAAAAUAUAACCAUUAAUAAAUUACUGCACUUUUUUUUUUAAAGAAAUUGUAGUAAGGGUAUUGGUCAUGAGCAGAGUUAACCUUGUUCAAAUGUAUUUUUCUUUAAAAGGUUAUGGUAGCUAAACACACCUUAUAUGGUUGCUAUACACACCUUUUGCUGUAGCUAUACACACCUUAUAUGAUAGCUAUACACACCUUUUGUGGUAGCUAUACACACCUUAUAUGGUAGCUGUGUUAAAAAAGAAAUUCAGUAUGAUCUAACCUAUUUACACCAGCGUCAAUUCAUUUCAGGGAGUUUGGUAUCAUCAAUCCCACCAAUGAGACCUUCCAAUUUGAGUGGCUUUGUGAAGAUGACACUGAUCCCAAACAUCCAACCAACUUCAGGUGCCUUAAUCCAAGUGGAAAAAUCAAAGGUGGCAGAAAAUACAAGGUGAGUGAACAUUUUUACCUCAAAAUUAAGUAGAAGCAUGGCAAUUUAUGGAGAAUAAUAGACUUUUGCACACAAAAAUAGAUAGUAACACAAAUUAGCAAUUAAGAACUGUUUAUGGUAGCUGUAUGUCAACCUCCUGCAUGCAUGGCCACUCAUUGUAGUAAACCCACAAAAAGGGGUGACACAAUAUUUCUUCCAUUAACAUUUAUUAUUAUAUAAACUUUGUAUCAACAUGUGACAGGCUGCUUAAGUAUUCAAGCGUAACUUUGUAUCAACAUGUGACAGGUUGCUUUUGAGUUUACUUCCAACAAACUCGAUGUGGUUGAGUCCUCAUGGAGGUUCAAUAUCCCAGCAAAGGCAAUCACCAUUCCCUUCCUUUUGGUGGGACACACCAGGGAGCCUGUCAUUUGUAUGGACAGGUCCCAUCUCAACUUUAAAGCUCUUCUAGUUGGUAAGCAUUCACUGACCCAUGCAACUUAUAGAAUACCUGGUAAAUAAAUUGAGCUUUAUAUUUUGUUCAUAUUUAGUAAUAUUGAUAAGAGAGAACAUUUGAAACUAUUUAGUCUGGAAUGAGUAAGUACAGUAGAAGAUCUAUAUUUAUAUUUAAAAAAACAAAAAAAUUUAGAAUGAAAUUGGUCUAAAUUAGGUAAAAAUUGUAACUAAAAAUUCAUUGAGUGCUUUUUAAAAAAAAAAUUUACAUUCAGGUUUAUUUUCUCCCCAUUAAAAAUAGUUAUUUUCACAAUUUAAACAAAUAUAUAUUUCUCUCCUGCCUGUCAUAAAAUGGCUGUUAAUCAAUAGAAAUAACCUUGUAUAAAAUGUAUAGCUUUCAUAAACUGAUAGCAACAAUACAAAUCUAAUGUCUGAUCUCCUAGGCCGGGAAGCUAAAGAGACAAUCUAUCUGAACAACAAUGAGGACAUUCCUUUCAACUUUUCAUUUGUGGAAGAGUCCUGCUACACAGAGGGAUACUCAUCUCAACUCAAAGUUGAGCCCAUGAGUGGCCAGCUUGACCCAAAGUCCAGGUAG